AUGUUAUCGACAGACGGGAGAUGGAAGCUCACCCCGAGGCUUCACUCUGUCAAGUUUGUGUUUGACACGCCGACCCCGUCGGAUGUGCAAACUCCAGACGAGAUCGUCUUUGAGAACCCGUUCCCUGCCGAUGUUGCGGGUGCUCCCAAGCGCUUCGUCGUCAAGGCUCCCGCCGGACAAAGUCCUAAGCAAGAGUAUGGCGUUGCACAGGCAGCUCAAAACAACGGCGAAGAAUCGUCCGGAGGUGUGUCGCAGCUGCUCAGCGAGCCGUUUGUCACCAAAAGUGCACCCGCCGAUGCGAAGGCGACUACAACCCAACGAUCCCGUGUCCGAGGCCCCGUCUGCGAGCUAGACGGAGAUAUCAAGCCUGCGGUAUGCGCUGCUUGGGCUCUGAUUCUAUCGUCUCGGACGGCCAGCGAAGAUGUUCGCUUCAAGAUUUGCGGCACGGGUCGCUCAUGUCCACUAUCCCCGGUCAACCUUUCCAUCGAUCGCAAUCAGCAGGUUGCUAACUUUCUCAAAUGCGUUGCAAACACACCGGCCGUGUCUGGUGUUACCAACACUGAGUCGAGUAUGAUCGCUCCCGCAACAGACGCUGUUUUCCCCCAAACCAUCGUGGCCUUCCCACCGACUGUACUAGGAGUCCAAGAAUUAUCGGACGCCACUGACUGGGCCAUUCGACUCGAGUGUUCCAUCGAUAACCAAGAAUUGGAGCUCUUUGCCACUUUUGAUCAACAGCAGUUCUCUCGCCUGGAAGUGCGGCUCCUGCUAAACGACCUGGAGCAUGUUCUUUGGCAGUUGAACCGCCUCAAGACACAGCAAAUGACUUUAGGCGACAUCCAUACGCUAAGUCCUGCGAGCCAGCGUCAUCUUGUACAGUUAAACAGGCCGCUCCCGAAACAAGAAGACGUUCUGGUCCACGAUGUGAUAGCCCAGCAGGCCGGAUCGCGGAAACAGGCUCAUGCAGUCUGCGCUUGGGAUGGCACCCUGUCGUACACUCAGCUACAGAACCACGCCGACAAACUUGCAAAUCACCUUUCGAGCAUUGGCGUGGGGCCCGAGGUCUUGGUCCCCGUGAUCUUCGAAAAGUCAGUCUGGAGCGUUGUGGCCAUACUGGGAGUGAUAAGGGCAGGGGGCGCUGUCGUGGCCCUUGAUCCGUCACUCCCUACGGCCCGAAUCCGCAUGAUUGUUCAAGACCUAAACGCAUCCAUCGUAUUAUCAUCAGUCGGUAGCCAAGGCAAGAUCCCCGAGCAUAUACCUCAGGAAAACAGGUUCAUCAUCAGCGAACGACUCUUUCCAACACUUUCUACCAAAGCCGCAUCCUGGCCGGCUCGGCUGGUUACGUCCAACAAUGCACUUUACGUAGUUUACACAAGCGGCUCGACGGGGAAGCCAAAGGGUGUGGUGGUCACUCAUACUUCCUUUUGCUCCAGUUCAAGGGGAUUCUCCCAAGCUAUUCACCUCGACUCGCCAAAGGCUCGCGUGCUGCAGUACUCCUCUUUCUCGUUCGACAUUUCCAUGCUCGAGAUCCUCUCCACCCUGAUGGCCGGUGCGUGUAUCUGCAUUCCAUCGGAAGAAGAGAGAAUGAACAACUUGGCCGGAUGCAUCACAGGCAUGCAUGUCAACUGGGCCAUGUUGACGCCGUCAGUGGCGAGCUUGAUGAGCCCAGAGGAAGUCCCCGGCCUAGAAGUGCUCUGCUCUGUUGGAGAAUCACUCCCGCAGGAUGUUGCAGACACGUGGGCCGACCACGUCAAAACCAUCAAUGCAUAUGGUCCUGCGGAAUGCUCAGCCGUCACUGUCGUCAGCAAACCCAGAACCAAGGGCGUCAAGAGCAUUUCCAUCGGAAGACCCGCGAACUGCGCUGUAUGGAUCGUCACCGAGAACGGAAAAGUUGCCCCCUUCAACAGCAUUGGCGAGAUUGUUGUCGAGGGGCCCCCUCUGGCCCGCGGCUACCUUGAAGACGAAGAGCAGACUAACGCCGUCUUUCUCGGCGACCCGAGCUUUCUCCGCGGCAUCGUGGCGGAUCCGAUGCGAUGUUACCGAACGGGCGAUCUCGGGCGGAUGAACGUGGACGGUUCGAUUGACUUUCUGGGAAGAAGAGACAGCCAAGUGAAGAUCAAUGGCCAGCGCGUUGAGCUUGGCGAGAUCGAGCACCAGCUGAAACAAUCUCUCCAGGUGGCCCACCCAUUCCAGUCUUCCGAGUUUACUUGGGAUGUUGUAGUCGAGCUCCUGCGGCCGAUUGGGGCGAGGAAUGGUGUCCUCACAGCUUUCCUGGCUCCCAGGCAGAUGGCCAGAAGUUCCGCGCACUACAGGGAGCAGACUGUUGCCAGAAAAACAGACCCGGCUUGGAGAGAUACUCAUGGCAGAUUCAAAGAAGCUUCUAGGGAGCUUUCUGGGGUUCUUCCAGCCUACAUGAUCCCCAGCGCAGUCAUCCCAUGCUACGCAUUGCCCCUUUCGCCCUCCGGGAAAGUUGACAGGAAAGCACUCCGUCGCCUGGGGAAUGCGAUGACCAUGAAGCAGUUACUGCAGAUACCGGAACAGCACAAAGACGACUUCUCCAAUGCUAGUACAGACACGUCUGGACUGCAAUCAACCGACCUUACAGACUGCGAAGGAGAAUCGUCAGUCGGUCAGCACACAGUCUCAUCCGACGCACAGCCCUCGGCCCUCAGCUGCACACCCGUCGAACUUACUUUGCGCAAGGCUUGGGCCAAGGUCCUCGGAGCUUCCGAAGACACCAUCACGGUCGACGACGACUUCUUCAGACUUGGCGGGGACUCGAUCGGGGCCAUCAAAGUCGUUGCUGCAUGCCGCCAACUGGGGCUUCAGAUCAAUGUCGCCAACAUCUUCAAGAACUCUGUGCUAAAGAAGAUGGCCUUGGUCUGCAAAAGUGCUGAAGACAGCUACGUCAAGCCAAUAGUUCGAUUCGCUCCAUUCCAACUCCUACGCCAGGACGCAGUACCUGAGCUUCGCGAAGAAGCGUCGUUCCAAUGCGGUGUCAAGCCGGAGGAUAUCGAAGACUUGUUUCCCUGCACUCAUAUGCAAGAGGGCCUGAUGGCAGUCAAUCUCACACGACCAGGCAGCUACACCGGCCGGUGGAUCCAUCCGCUGCCCCGAGGAAUAGACCUGGCCCGGUUCCAGAGCGCUUGGGAGGACACCCAUGCGACAUCGCCAAUUCUGAGGACUCGGUUUGCUACGACUUCAGCUGCGGGUUCCCUUCAAGCGGUGAUCAAAGAGAAGAUUCAAUGGCUCUUCCACGAUGAUCUUGAGGCCUACCUGAAUAAGGAUGACUCCGACCCCAUGUUUCCCGGAGACUCACUCAACCGGUUUGCGCUCAUAUCGUCGACAAAUGGAGCUUGGACGUUCGUGUGGACCAUCCAUCACAUGCUGUACGAUGGCUGGUCACUCGCAAUGCUUUGCAGAAAGGUCAACGACUCAUAUCAUGACCGCAACGUCAAACCGGCAACUGACUACCGACACUUUGUGCUGUACACAAACCAGCUCUCACCUAACACCUAUUCAGAUUAUUGGAAGGAAGAGCUCCUUGAUUCUCCUGCGUCAUGCUUCCCCGCCGUACCAAAGCUGGGCCAUCGAUCCUUUGCUAGAGCCGUUGUUAGGGAUGAGCUUGCUCUCGAUCUCGAUCCCUCUGCUGGCAUCACCAUGUCGACCCUUGUACGCGCAGCAUGGGCUGUGAUGGUCAGUCAUUUUUCCACAUCGGACGACGUCAUCUUCGGAGCAACUGUUUCCGGAAGACAGGCGCCUCUUGACAAUAUCGAGAGCAUUGAGGGACCAACAAUUGCGAGCGUUCCUGUUAGAGUUCGGCUUGAUAAGGAGAUGGCUGUUCUCAGUUUCCUCCACCGGAUCCAAGACCAGGCGACAUCAAUGAUACCCUUCGAACAGGCUGGAAUCCAGCGCAUCAAAACCCUGAACGAGGAUACAAAGCGGGGCUGCGAGUUUCACAAUCUUCUUGUGGUGCAAGCUGGCGGAGCCUGGGACGAGUCGGGGUUGGGUCCUCUGGGGAAGCCGGUAUACCGUGAAGAGUAUACGACUUUCCCAGUCACAUGCGAGGUCUGGCUUCAUCCAGGGCGAGCCGAGUUUGCAACUCACGUCGACGAGGAGGUGACAAGCCGGAUCUUUGUGGCACAGGCAAUUGAGACUGUCAAGGUCAUCAUGUCCCAGCUCGCUUGGGCUGCAUCGAGGCCAAAUUCUGGCCUCAAAGUAGCUGGCCUGGUUUUUGAUCAGUUUACGGGCCCUGAGGAAACAUACUCCCAUGACAACGCAGUUGCAACAGUUGCAUCUACACUGCAUGGAACCAUCUCCGAGAAGUGCCAACUACAACCCGAACGAGACGCCAUCGUUUCAACAAGCGAUUGCAUCUCUUACGCAGCUCUUGAAUGCAUGUCCUCCGCCCUUGCCACGCAUCUAACAAAAAGCGGCGUAUCUCCAGGAGAAAUGGUCCCAUUGUGCUUCGAGAAGUCAGUAUGGACAGUCAUUGCGAUGCUUGGAGUUCUGAAAGCGGGAGCUGCCUUCGUUCCGUUGGACCCGAGCCAGCCCAUCUCCCGCCUAAGAGAGGUUGCUGCGCAAGUCAAAGCGAAGAUUGUCCUCAUGUCAAAGUUCCAGUCAAAAGCGACAGAUCUCGGUAUUGAUACACGCAUUAUCGUAGAUCGAGACUCACUUGAGGCAUUGACCAGAUCGUUGAGCUUCAAGACCCUCGCUCCUCGUUGCGAAACUAACCACCCGGCAUAUGUUAUCUUCACAUCCGGGUCUACUGGAACCCCAAAAGGCAUCGUGGUCUCACACUCCGCUUUUGCUUCUAGCGCAGCUUCACACGGUUCGGCCUUCGGAAUGUCUUGCAACAACCGCGUACUGCAGUUUUCCGCAUACAGUUUUGACGCUAGCUUGUUCGAGAUUCUUACCACGCUUAUCCACGGCGGGACAAUCUUUGUACCUACAGAAAAGGAGCGCCUGGAAGCCAUCGGAGAAUUUGUUGAGAGACACAGUAUCAACUUCGCCCUCUUGACGCCGUCGGUCGCCCGUAUCAUCGAUCCUACAGAAGUCCCUUCGAUACAGACCCUAGUUCUGGGGGGAGAAGAGCCAGAUCAACUGGUAGUGAAGAAAUGGCUGGAUGCUGGAACCAGGCUCUUCAACGCGUACGGGCCGAGCGAGUGUUCCGUUAUCGCUGCCUGCUACUCCUGUUCUCACGAAAUGGAUCCCCGAACAAUUGGUAUCUCUGUCGGAUGUUCAUCAUUGAUAGUGGAUCCAGACGACGAAUCAAGCCUGGCUCCUGAAGGGGAAGUUGGCGAGUUACUCAUCGGAGGCCCAAUUUUGGCAGAUGGGUAUCUGAACGAUCCAGAAAGAACACAGUCAGCAUUCGUCAACAUUCCCUCGUAUUCAACAGGCACUCGGGCGGAAGUUGACAGACGCUUCUACAAGACAGGAGAUCUUGUCAAGAGAACCGGGGACGGCAACAUAGUCUACGUUGGUCGAAAAGACAUGCAAGUCAAGAUUAACGGCCAAAGGAUUGAACUCGGUGACAUCGAGUCUAACUUGGCUGGUUGCCUCAAUGUCAACCGUGCUGUUGUUCUUUUCCCGUCGCAAGGGCCAUUUUCGAAACAACUUGUGGCCGUUUUGGAGCUUCAGAUGGGCCAUGACGCAGCAGUCUCUGGGCUCUCGCACCUAAGUGCCUAUUUCAACAAGAAGUUAGACAGCGUUCGUCGAGAGCUAGCUGCGAAAGUACCUAGUAUCAUGCUGCCGACUCAUUGGGUUGACGCCAGUACCCUCUGUGGCGAUGGAUUUCCGCUGUUAGCAUCGGGCAAGCUGGACAGGAAACAGAUUGUAACCUGCUUAGAAGCACAGUCGAAAGGGAGACAAGCCAUAACUGACAUCCCAGCCAGAGCGGUUGGCGGGUCUAUAGCCAUAUUUCCAGGAGAGAUGCCCGCUUACGAUUUGGCGGAGAAGAUUGCGAGUCUGGUACCUUCCAAGUCAUCUUCUAGGCCAAGUCUGUCUGUGGGUGUUGAUGAUACCUUCCUUCAUACGGCUGGUCUUGGCUCACUGAACAUGAUGUCGCUGAUGCACUUCAUUCGCAUGAGAUAUCGAACCAAGGUCAGCAUGCAACUCUUGAUGGAUGAAACAACGAGCAUCCGAACAUUGGCAGCAUUGAUCGUCGGCUCCAGCGCAAGUCAAGGCAGCAUGACAAGAAGUCCCUCCCCAAAGAUUGGUGGAAGGGUAGAUAUUCUAGCCCAAGUCAACCGGUAUGAUGAGAAAUUGCUUCAUUUAUCGCCAAAACAUCAUGGACUUGCUUCCCAGUACCCCACCAAGACCUGGAGGGACAACAACAUCAAAGUCUUCCUUACUGGGGCCAGCGGGUACUUGGGCACGCAAAUCUUGCGUCAGCUUCUUGAGAGUCGAAAUAUCAGUCGCGUGACAACUCUCGUGCGCAGUGCGAAUCCCGAUGGGGCUAAGAGUCGGGUGAUUGAGGCAGCUCGGAAGGCCCAGUGGUGGACCGAGUUCCACGAAGACAAACUUGAAGCUUGGGUUGGCGACUUAUCGCAGCCACAGCUCGGUCUAGAGCAAGAUCAUUGGAGUCUCCUGAGCGAUGGUCAGUCCUUUGACGUCAUCAUCCACAACGGUGCUGUUGUUCAUUGGAACAAGAGCUACUCAGCCCUCGAGGCUGUCAACGUUGGCUCGACUGCGCAAUUACUUAGCCUCGCAGUCCAACACCCAUCAUUGAGGUUCGCUUAUGUCUCAGGAGGCCGACAGUGGAAGCGGAGCCCGGAAGCGGACGAGGACGUUGCUCGCGAACUUGCAGACUCGAUUGGCUAUAGCCAGACAAAGUUCGUUGCAGAGGUGCUGGUCAGGAGGGCUGCCGAGCGAUGUCUCUCCACUGCAAGGAAUAUCGCAGUGUUUAGGCCUGGGCUCAUCAUUGGGACACCCACAGAGGGGGUAGCUAACUUGGACGACUACAUUUGGCGACUAACAUCGGCUAGCAUCAACGUUGGCGCUUACAACGACAGCGAUGAGGAUGCCUGGUUGCACGUUUCAGAUGCAGCAACUACCGCCGCGGCCGCCAUUCAGACUGCCCUCAACCCAGAGCUACAGGCACACGCAGUCAAGAGCCAAGAGGACGGAAUGACUUGGGGCGCAUUUUGGAGGCUGAUACAAUCUGCGGGGUAUGAUAUUCACCCAAGGCCUGCAUCAGAAUGGCUUUCGGCAGUCAGGAGGGAUCUUUUUGCGCGGCAGGAGGCGCAUCCUUUAUGGCCCCUGGCGCACAUGCUUGAAGAUGGCUCAUUAGAAUGGGCGUUCCGCGUCAAUCAUCCAGAAGACUGCCCUGUGCAACUGAAAGUUGCUAUAAGAAGGAACGUCGAGUUUCUUGUGCAGGCUGGGUUUCUUCCUAGAAUUGAUGUCUGA